UGUGCGCGGCUGCAAGGUCGCCUUUUUUUAUUCCACAGAAAAGAGACAACGUUUGAAGCACAGUUGAACGAAAGCUCAAGCCUCGUCUGUAAGAGGUCACAUUUCGCCGACCCAAAGACAAAACUACUUUUCAAAUGAUGGUUAGCCGUAACGAUGCCGUUCAUCGUGACCCAUUUGGACUUUCUGGACCUCAAGAAAUGGCCCCGGGAUUCAAUUACAACACCAUGUUCCUUUGAUCAUUCCAGACUUCUCCGAGUAAAGUCUCAGACCGCCUUCAUCCGGCUCGGAUGAAACAACAAGCGGGGACUUAAGAACGACAUCGGGCAAAGCCAACCAUGACGAGGAUUUCACUAUUCAGCAUUGUUUACGGCCUGGCUCUCCUUGUGGGCCUCGUCGUGCCUGCGGUCCGCUGCCAAACGUUCUGCCCUCGACAAGCCUCACUCCAGUGGCAGAGUCCGCCCCGCGCCGUCUCGCUCAAUUUGACGCUGACGGAGAACAUUUGCAUGGACCGGGGCCAGUGUUGGGACACUCCCGGGGCCCCCCCGCCGGCCCUCACCACCCAGCGACCUCUCGCCUACCCGCAGAUCUGCCCCCUUCAGCUGCAGCACGGAGACACACUGCUGCUGUCCGCCGACCAGACCCUGCGGUCGUACGGCGUGCGGCUGGCCGACGUCUCGGAGGACGGCUUCGAGAGCUGCUCCGCCGAGGGGGGGCCGCGGGGGGGGUCGGAGGGGGCGCUCUUCGGUCGCGGUACGAUCGGGAGCGCGCCGGCGUACCCCGUCGGGCGCCUGGUCCCGGGCCUUCACUACUUCGUCGCGGCGACGCACGAGGGCGACGGGCAGCAGCUCUGCCAGCUGGGCCUCAGGCUCAACGUGUCCGUGAGGCGGCAACUUUGUCAGAGUUCCCCGCUCGUUCGCCUUUGCUCCGGGAACGGUAUUUGUCAAGCCGGCCCCGGGGACGAGGCGUACCGCUGUCAGUGCCACCAGCACUACACCGGGAUGCUGUGCCAGAAGUUUGACGCGUGUUUGAACAACCCGUGUGGAAACAAAGGCGUUUGUUUGAGCGAUGGAUCCGGCGAUGCAGACCACAGAACAUAUAAAUGCUUGUGUCCUCCACAUUUUACAGGGGUGAACUGCUCCGAAGUCAUUGGAAGGGAAAACUGUGAGAGAGUCUGUCCAAAGGCAUCAUGUGUUCAAGUGUCACCAGUGUCCUUCAAGUGCAUCUGCGAGACGGGCUUCUCCGGUAAUGUAGCCAGCGCUGUGUCUGUUCUCUGCUGCAGCACAGAGCAGCACAGCACAACAAUCACGAUAUCAUAUGUGGAGCAUGGAGUGUCCCUACGCCGUCCGGCCUGCGAGAGGAGGAACCUAGCCUGCGAUUCCGACCCGUGCGUGAACGGCGGGACGUGCGAGCUCGACGGCGACUCCUUCUCCUGCCGCUGCCUGGACGGCUUCAGCGGGCCCACGUGCGCCGUGAACUGCCUGACGUUCGGGUGUCGGAAGCCGGACGUCUGCGCCAACGCCUCGGAGUGUGCGUGUGCAGAAGGCGCCCCGGACCCAGUGUGUGGCGGGCGGGUCGGGCUGUGCCUCCCGUCACCGUGCCUGAACAACGGCAGCUGCGUUUCCCGCGGAGAUGAUUACGACUGCAGAUGUCUUGAAGGCUUUGCUGGGAAGAACUGUGAAGAACUAAUCGACUACUGCGGGCAGCUCAAUAUCAACUGCCCGAAUGAGGGAUUGUGUUUGAGUAUAAUUGGCGGCUACAAGUGUGUGUGCGCCCCCGGCUGGACCGGGGAGUUCUGCCAGCACGUGGGCGACGCCUGUAACACGCACCCGCAGAGAUGUGUGAACGGAGCCACCUGCGUCACCACCGGCCCGCUGACCCCAACCCAGCUCAUCUCCUGCAUCUGCCCUCUGGGCUUCACAGGACGCCACUGUGAGACGCAGACGGACGAGUGUGAGUCCGGCCCCUGUCAGCACCACGGGACGUGCGUGGCCCUGGGGGGAGACUACCGCUGCCAGUGUCCCGAGGGUUACCAUGGUAAGGCCUGUGAGCUUGAUAUGGACGCCUGCCUGCUGCCCGGGAACACAUGCCCACCGCAGACCCAGUGUUUGGACCUUCCAGAUGGGCUGAAUUACACCUGCCGCACGCCUUGCCCUCCAAAUCUACAGCCCUGCGCUCACGGAGGACGAUGCUACCUGGACGGAGGCGGCGGCGGCGGCUACACGUGCAGCUGCGCACCUGGCUGGACCGGGCCCAACUGCCGCAUAAACACCAACGACUGCGCUCAGCACCGGUGUCUUAACGGAGCCACGUGCGUGGGCGGGGCUAACGGGUACAGCUGCACCUGCCCCGGGGGGUUCAGCGGGCCCUACUGCGAGGCGGGCGUGGUGGACCACUGCGUGGGUCACCCCUGCUCGCCACACGGCGUCUGCGUGGACCAGGGGCCCGACUUCACCUGCCGCUGUGCGCCGGGGUUCCAGGGGCAGCUGUGCGAGGUCCGGGUGGACGGGUGCGGCACGGGGCCGUGUGCGGACGGGGCCACCUGCGUGGACCUGGUCGGGGGCUAUCGAUGCGCCUGCCCCCCCGGGUAUGAAGGAAGGACCUGCUCCGAGGACGUAGGCGACUGCUGGUCUCGGCCGUGUGUCAACGGAGGGUCCUGUGUGGAUCUGGUUGAUGGUUACAACUGUACCUGUCCUCUUGGUUUCGGAGGGCACGAUUGCUCUGUGGAGGCGGACCCGUGCUCUGCUGGAGUGUGCAGCGACCACACGCUUCACUGCGCCGAGGCCUCUGACGGGCGAAGCGUCAGGUGUCAAUGUGAAAGAGGUUUCGGAGGGCCACUCUGUGACGUGGAUCUGAACGAGUGUGCGUCACACCCCUGCCUCAACCGGGGGACGUGCGUGGAUGGGGCUGACCUUUAUCAGUGCUUCUGUCCAGAUGGCUUUGAGGGGCUGAAUUGUGAAAUAGAUCGUGAUGAAUGUGGCCACGGACACUGCACCAAUAAUUCUACAUGUAUUGACCUGGUUGCAGACUACGAAUGCAUAUGCCCUUUGGGAUUCACCGAUAAAAACUGCUCGACACCCGUCAGAGCCUGCGUCUCAGAUGAAACGCCGUGCCGGAACGGGGGUACCUGCUACCAGUCCACCACUGGAGAACUUGGCUGUGUUUGCGCCCCAGGUUUAACGGGUCACUUUUGCGAGGUUAACAUGGAUGACUGCGAUACGAAUCCAUGCGGCGUCCUCAGCAUAUGUCAGCAGACCCUGGAAGGCUACAGCUGCUACUGUGCACCUGGUUUCAUAGGGAACAAAUGUGAGAUUGAGGUGGAUGAGUGCCUGAGUCUGCCCUGUCACAACGGGGGCUCCUGUAUCGAUGAGCUGAACUCAUUCAGCUGCCAGUGUCCUUCUGGGACCACAGGCAAUUACUGUGAAAUCAACAUAGACGAGUGUGCCUCUUCUCCCUGCCUGCAUCACGGGACGUGUAUCGACUUGGCCGACGGCUUCCACUGCGUCUGUUCGCCCGGCUUCACCGGUGCUGAAUGUGACCUUGACAUUGACGAGUGCUCCUCUUUUCCGUGUAAGAACGGAGGCUCCUGCAUUGACCAGCCUGGUAAUUACCUGUGCCAUUGUGUGGCUCCCUUUAAAGGCCAGACCUGCGAGCUGCGGCCGUGCGAGGCCAGCCAGCCGUGCGAGAACGGCGGCGAAUGCGUGGAGGAGCGCGACGGGGACCUCUUCCCCCUGGGGUUCCGCUGCAGCUGUCGCCGCGGCUACACGGGGCCCCGCUGCGAGACCAACGAGGACGAGUGCCGGUCCAACCCGUGUGUCAACGGGUUCUGCUACGACGCGGCGGACGGGUUUUACUGCCUGUGCAGCCCCGGCUUCGUGGGAUUGCGAUGCGAACACGACGUUGAUGAUUGUGUAAGCAAUCCCUGCAACAACAACUCAUUAUGCAGGGACCUCCACUUGGGCUACGAGUGCGAAUGCCGCGCGGGCUGGGAGGGCCCCCACUGCCAGCGCGGGAUCGACGAGUGCGCGUCGCAGCCGUGCGCCAACGACGCCACCUGCGUGGACCUCCUCGGCGGCUACAGGUGUGAGUGCGGGCGGGGCUGGGCCGGCCCGAGCUGCGCGCUGGACGUGGACGAGUGUGAAUCGGGGCCCUGCCUCAACGGAGCCUCGUGCCGGCAGGCCCCCGCGCCGGGGAACUUCCUCUGCACCUGCGGCCCCUUCUUCACCGGGCCCCGCUGCGGCGACCCCCACGACCCCUGCGACCCCGCCCACAGCCCCUGCCUGCACGGCUCCGCCUGCCUGCCGCGCCCCGACGGAGGCGCCUCCUGCAGGUGUCCAGCUGGGUACGAGGGGCUCCGGUGUGAGAGGGACACAGACGAGUGCCGGGCCGUGCCGUGCCGGAACCAGGCCCGCUGUGUGGACGGGGUCAACGGCUACAGCUGUGACUGUACGAGCGGCUUCUCGGGCCUUCGCUGUGAGCAAGACGUCAAUGAGUGCGCGUCAAACCCCUGCCAUAACGCUGGCGUCUGCCGAAACCUCGUCAACAGGUUUGACUGUGUGUGUCCCCGAGGCUACUUCGGCACGCUGUGUGACCUGGACGUGGACGAGUGUGUGGCUUCACCUUGCCUGCACGAGGGCAUCUGUAUCAACAAGCCGGGGGGCUUUGAGUGUGUCUGUCUCCCUGGAUACUCAGGAACCUGGUGCGAGCACAACGUUGACGAGUGUGCCUCGGACCCGUGCCGGAACGCGGGCAGGUGUGUGGACGCGGCCGGUCGAUACCUCUGCGUGUGCGCAGACGGCUUCACGGGCGUUCACUGUGAGACGGACGUCGACGAGUGCUCUCCCACGCCGUGUCUCCACGGGAGUUGUACGGACGCCAUCAACGACUUCCUGUGCCACUGUGACCCAGGGUGGAGCGGCGAGCGUUGUGAACUGAACACCGAUGAGUGCACCUCGAGCCCGUGUUUGAACGGAGGUUCGUGUGUGGAUCUCCUUAAUAAGUACGCGUGUCUCUGUCUGGACGGCUUCACUGGGAGGAACUGUGAGGCCGACGUGGACGUGUGCAGCCAAGCCUCUUUCGGGGUCUCCCUGUGCUUUAACGGGGCUACUUGCGUGGAUGGCAGAGGAUCAAAUUUCACAUGCAGGUGCCCACCAGGCUUUAUGGGGGAUUUCUGCGAGGUGGAUGUUAACGAAUGCUGCUCAUCCCCCUGCCUCCAUGCCGCCAUUUGCCAGGAUCUUAUUAAUGGCUACAUCUGCCACUGCAGGCCAGGUUGGACAGGCCUUCACUGUGAGGAGGACAUUAAUGAGUGUCUUCCUCAGCCCUGUGACCAGGGGAUAUGCAUCCAGAACGAGCCCGGCCACGGAUACACAUGCUUCUGUCGCCCCGGAUUCGUGGGGAGAAACUGCGAGGACAACUACGACGAUUGUCUCCUGGGCCUGUGCCCGGAGACGUACACCUGUGAGGAUGACGUCAACAGGGUCAGGUGCGUCCCCGCCGAAGGCAGGGGCCCCUCGCUGACGGCCCUCACCAACGUCACUCAAGGCCCGGUCCCCCGCACACCCGCGCCUGUGUCCCUCCCACCCCCGGCGACGGCAGCACCUGCGGCAGCAUCAGAUCAAAGCUUCCAUCGGUACUUUGGGAGUUCCUACCUGGAGGUUGGGGGUAUUGAACCCACAACCCUAUUCUGCAUUACAGUCAAGGUUCAAACUAAAGUAGCGCAUGGAACUAUUUUUUAUUUAGAUCAAGGGCCCAACGAUGGAUAUUUUUUCAUGAAACUCUACUUGACUGGCGGAAUCUUACAGUUUACGUUUUCCUGUAACCAAGAGGAAGAGGCGAAGAUGAUUAACACGUUCAUUCGUGUUGAUGACGCCGUUAUUAAUGUCAGACAGUGCCUUGCACCAUGCGAGGCAGAGCUGACCGUCCUUGGCUACGACGGGAUUAAACUAAACAGUACAAGUAACUACCAGCCGGGACCAGUUAAAACCAGGACCACUUCUGUCUUCAUAGGAGGACUGCCUGAAAGACGUUUACCUAAUCAGGGAGCCCUGCCUUUUCACAACUUCACUGGCUGCAUUCAAAUACUUGAGAUGAAUAAUCUGCAGGGAUUUCACAAAUCCAAUGCAAUCUCAAGUGGGAACGUUGGCCAGUGCAGAUCGACGGGCAUCGAGGGCCCCCCAACCGGCCCCCUCGGCCCGACCGACCCGCCCACCAGCGUCACCGUCCCUCCCCUACGGGCCGCGGUCGCGGUGGAUAAACUGCAGGUCUGCGGCGAAGGCCACUGCCGCAACGGCGGAACGUGUCGUCAAGUACAACCGGCAGACUCAGCCGUGCCUUCCUGUGACUGUCCCCUCCACUUUACCGGGAGAUUCUGUGAGAAAGACACCCCUAUUCACAUCCCAGCGUUCACGGGGACCUCCUAUCUAAUGCUGGAGCCCCUCGCUUCAUUCCUCCAGCCUCAGGGGCCCGGCGAUGAUCCCCUGGCCCCCGGCCGGGCCAGCGCCGUGGGGCUUUAUCUGACGCUGAAGACCCGGGCCACCCAGGGAACCGUACUCUACACCCAGGAACAGGGUUUGGGAGAUCGCUUCCUUCACGUGUUCCUCGAGGAUGGAAGGGUUGCAGCCCGCCUGGGAUGCGUGGGUGGAGCUGGUGGAGUCACACUAACCGCUACCUCCGACCACAACAUCGACAACAACAGAUGGAUACCUGUCACAGUCAGAUACCAGCUGCCCGUUGGAGGCCCGGGAGGUGUGUGCACAAUAGAACUCGCUGUAGGUAACGCCACAGCCAAACAUCUGGAGGAACGCGUCUCAGAGGCCACAUCUGAGGCGGCCAUGGGACCCGUGUUCCUGGGGGGCCUGCCCCCCCGCCAGGCCCCCCACCGGGCCAGAGGGGUCCGGCCGUUGGUGGGCUGCGUCCGAGAGCUCCGGGUCAACGCCCGUCCCGUGUUCCUGCCCCGCGAGGCCACGCUGGGGAGGAACGUCCAGAACUGCGACCCUCCCGCCUGUCAGCAACGGCCGUGUCGUAACGGGGGGACCUGCGUCGGCUGCGACGCGGAGGACUGGUUCUGCGAGUGUCCGCCGCGCUUCACCGGCGAGCUGUGCCAGUUCAGCGCCUGCCAGCGGGACCCCUGCGGACACGGGGCCACCUGCGUCCCCCGGGGCCCCCAGGGGGGGGCUGUGUGCCUGUGUCCCUACGGGAGACGGGGCCUCCUGUGCGACGAAGCCAUCAACAUAACCCGGCCCAGGUUCGGCGGCGAUGGCGGCGCGCUGGGCCACACGUCCUUCCUGGCCUACUCCCCCGUCCCGGGCCUCAGCGCCUUCUACGAGAUCCGGCUGCGGUUCACCCUCGCCAACAACGCCUCGGCCACGAGGGACAACCUGGUGCUGUACUCUGGGCAGAAGGGCCACGGCGAUGACGGGGAUGAUUUCUUGGUGCUGGGACUGCGGAACGGCCGGGUGGUUCAUAAGUUCAACCUGGGAUCGGGAGUGGGCGCUAUCGUCAGCGAUCGACUCAACAGCCAGCUUCACAUUCACAGCGUGGUGUUCGGGCGGUCUGGGAGAACUGGCUGGCUCAAGGUUGACGGGCAGCGUAACAGAAGCGGCUCCAGUGGCGGGGCGCUGGAGGCUCUCAACCUGCCCCCCCAGCUCUACGUGGGAGGCUACAGCGAGUACACGCCCGAGCUGCUGCCUCUGGGGGCCCGCUUCCGCCUGGGCUUCCAAGGAUGCAUAUUUGACGUGCAGUUCCGCACCAAGAGGGACAGGAAGUACCAGAGCCCGGGACGGCCUGCCUUCGGCCGCAGCGUGGGCCAGUGCGGCGUCACCCCCUGUCAGCUGGUCCGCUGCGACCACGGGGGUUCCUGCGUGGACUCGGGUUCCUCGGUGUAUUGCCAGUGUGCGGUGGGAUGGAAAGGAGCCCUCUGCUCGGAGAGGCGCUCUGUGUGUGAUGUGGAGCACAGGCCCCCGCCCCGGUGUGCCCGCGGCUCCGCAUGCAUCCCGCUCCCUAGCGGAUACACGUGCCACUGCCCCCUGGGGGCGGCCGGGCUGUACUGCACCGAAGCGAUUGCAAUCAGCGACCCAUUCUUCAGCGGCAACCAGUCGUCGUGGAUGUCGUUCGCCCCGAUGAACCUCCGACACAGGACCGUCAUAGAGCUGCAGUUCCAAACACUGUCACCAGAGGGCGUGCUCGUCUACGUGGCACAGCGUCUCAGCUCCAAAGCCGGAGACUUCCUGUGCGUGUCCUUGACCGCGGGGCUGGUCGAGCUGCGCUACAACCUGGGGGACGCCACCCGCGUGCUGACCGCCGCGCAGCCGGUGGACCUCAGCGGGCGCACCUGGCACGCCGUGCGGGCGGGGCGGGUCGGGCGCCGCGGCUUCCUGAGCCUGGACGGGAAGGAGGCGCGGCCUCGGGACGGCGACGCCCCCCCGGGCACCAUGACCACCCUGGACGUGACCACGGACGUCUUCGUCGGGGGCGUGUCCACGCCGAGCCAGGUGGCCCGGGACGCCACCCGGGACGGGGCCCUCACGGGCUUCACGGGCGGCGUGCGGCAGCUGGCGAUCAACGACCGGGAGCUGCCGCUGACGGAGAGGGGCGCGCUGGACGGCGUCAACGUGGGCGACUGGGACGGCACGGCGUGCGGCUACGAGGUGUGCCGCAACGGCGGGAGCUGCCGGGCCACGGAGGAGGGGUCCUUCGCGUGCGCGUGCCCCUCCGCGUGGACGGGCGCCUUGUGCGAGCGGCCCGUGGCGUGCGAGGACCACCUGUGCCGACAGGGCUCCGUGUGCGCCCCCUCCCCCGACGGCGGCGGCGGCGGCGGUCGAGGCUCCUCCCCCUACGUCUGCCUCUGCCCCCUGGGGUGGGGGGGCCGACGCUGCGACCGGCGCCUCGCGGCCAACGCCACGCUGAGGUUCUCGGGGAACUCGUUCCUGCGCUACACCGACCCGCGGUUCCCGGCCCGGGACGCCCGUCGCACGCGGGUGUCCCUGGAGUUCGCGGCGGGACACCCCGACGGCGUGCUGCUGUGGGCGGGCGAGGCGGGGGACGAGGGCGGCGGCGGCGCCGACGCCGACGACGACUUCCUGGCCGUCGGGCUGGAGGGCGGACGCCUCAAGGUGGCCGUGAACCUCGGGGAGAGGCUGUCGGACCCCGUCGCCGCGGGCAACGCCACGGCGGCGUGCUGCGGGGCGUGGCGCCGGCUGGACGUGGCCCUGGACGGCACGGCGCUGCGGGUGCACCUGGACGGGGCGGCGGUGGCGUCGGAGGACGUGGACCCCUUUCAGCGCUACCUGGCCUUGAACCACGGGGGGCGCUUUUACUUUGGAGGCUUCGAGCCGCACCGGAGCGUGGCGGCCGCGACUUCCGGGCUGUUCUCCCGGGGGUUUGUGGGAAACCUGAGGAAUGUUUACCUGUACGAGGACACGGAGCCGCUGGCGUUGGUCCAGGACGGCGAAGGUUUCAAUGUGCAGGAAGGCGAUCCGUGAGCCCCAGUGGUCGUGGUGUGAUCCAGAUGUCUCGGACGCCAGCCUUCCGAGUUGCACGUGUGACGUCAUUUCCUGUCUCGGAGCACUUAUAGCGUUCCAGUUCGUCUUUGUGAUUGUGUCAUGAAAUUGGCUAGUCGUUGUUUAUUGUUAGCUACAUUAGCCUCAAACUCAACACAACUUUACGUUGUGUUGCACGCACAGCAAGCAAGACCGUACAAUGCAUCAAUUGGUGUCCGGAAUAAAGUAGCAAUGUAA